AUGGCAAGAGCAGCAGCCAGAGUCAACUGGACCAAAAUGGCCGACAUUGUGGCUCCUGAGCAGCGAGCAGCGUUUAAUGCUUUUAGAUCAAAAUCAGAAGCACUAGCCGCAAAAGUUGAAUCUCUUCCAGAGAAACAGAAAACUCCGGAUUGGGAACAUUACAAGACGGUUCUCGGAGCUUCGAAGAAACCCAUUGUAGAUGAGAUGAAAAAAGUAAUGGAAAGCGUGAAAGUUUCCCGUCCAGUGAACACAAUGACCAGUGAAAUCGACAAACUGAAAAAAGAUUACGAAAAAUCUUUUGCCGAAUUUAAAGCGGAAGGCAGUGCACGGUCGUCUACCUUGAAGCAACAGGCAUCCAAGUAUACCUCUAUGAAAUGUUUAACACAGAUGUCGGAUGAUGAAAUCCAUGAAGCUUUUCCCGAGGUAUCACCGGAAGCAUACGAAGAAGAGCAAGCUCUUAACGCAUCUCAUGAUCACCAUGAGGAAGAGGGUGAAGAUGAGGAAUUCGAUAUUCAAAUUCCCAAAUUGAACGAGCUGUUCCCGAAAAAGAAAUAA